AUGUCGUCCUCAAAUUCGGCGGCCCAGGGCGCUGGGAAACGCAAGCGCAACAACACGUCCGCCACUCUCGACAUGGACCAGAACCAGACAAUCCAGAACGAGUCCCGAGACGCCUCGGGCGAGGAGGGCGACACCACCGCCCCCGAGUCCAGCCGGACGGCGGCCAACGCCCACAGAAAGACCGACUCGUCCUCCAGCGCACACCCCAACAAGCGCCAGCGUGCCAGCUCAGACCAGCUCCCCCCCAGCUCGACGGCCGCCAGUGCGAUAGGCCACCACACCCAAGCUCGCGACCCGGGCGAGCCGAGCGAUACCACCGAGGCCAGCGUCGAUAUCGCGGAGCGCGUGACGCGCAAGGGGAGCCGGAAGUUGACGUCGAGCAAGGGCGGCGAUGCCAGUGCCAAUGGGAGCAGCAUGACCAGCAGCAAGACCACCGCGGCGAUGGCGCCGCCUCCGAUCGGCAAGCUUACUCACCCGGGUGGGAUACACGACAAACCCGCCUCCCGAGGGCCCGGCCCAAUCGUCCGCGACUACGAAAAGUACAUCGCGCGCCAGCUCAAGCGCGGCACCUCGCGGCAGGAGCUCAACAUCAGCUGGCUCAAGAAGAACGAGCUCGAGCUCAAACGCCACGUCCAGGACCUGCGCGACAACAUCCGCACCAACUGGACCACCACCGGUCAGGAGCUCAGCCGCGAGCUCCGCCAGUACUGGCCCACCUCGCGCCCGCAGAGCCCCAGCCCGGCCCGCUUCGCCAGCGGUAACGGUAAUGGCAGUGGCAGCGCCAGCAUCAAUGGCGGCGAUCUACCGCCGAGUAGCCCGCUGGGGCCCGCCGGCGGUGCCGCGGGCGGCAGCGCGUUUCCGUUCCCCAGGAGCCCGCCGACGGGCGUGGCGACUGCGGGCGAGCGUGCUACGAGUACCUCGAAUGAUUUUGUCACGGGGUACACCCUGGGGUUGAUUGGUGGGGUGCGCUCAUGGAUGACCAAGAGCCGCAGGGGCGAGAGGGAAGGGGAGAGCCGGCCCGUUAGCGACGACGAUUCGGAGGAGAGCGAGGACAAGCAUGGGAGCGACGGCCGUCGGUCUAUGCAGCUGCCUGCGACGAGCCAACGCGGCUAG